GAGAUGUUAUCGUCCCCUGCUGAGUCCAGUCCCUACACCCAGGGGUCUGGGCAUAGGCCCCUUUCCAUUACAACUUCCUGGCUUGGUGUGAUCUGUCUCCCUGCAGGGUGGCUUCCCCCACUAUGGGGAAGUGAACAAUGACUUCGUCAUGUUAAAAGGCUGCAUUGCUGGCACCAAGAAGAGAGUGAUCACACUGAGGAAGUCCCUACUAGUGCACCACAGCCGCAGGGCCCUGGAGAAUAUCGAGCUCAAGUUCAUUGACACCACUUCUAAGUUUGGCCAUGGAUGCUUCCAGACAGCGCAGGAGAAGAGGGCCUUCAUGGGCCCCCAAAAGAAACAUCUGGAGAAAGAGAAGCCGGAGACCUCGGGAAACGUCUAAGAUGCCUGGAAUGGAGCACACCUGGGAUGGAGUGCGUCCUGUCCUUUUUGUUCAAUAAAGUCCUGAGGAAACUCUA